UACCAGAGAAAACGGUCGUUCGCAUUCAUCACUAGAAAGAAAAUUCCCGGACGAGCCCCCCACCAGAAGAAGUCAUCCUCCCCUAGAAGGAAGCAUCAUCGCCCAGGAAGUACAGUCCGCUGGAGAACCGUAGCCAGCAUAAAAGCGUACUUCCGCUCUUAUGCCCUACUUGCUUCUCCCCGGAUAUCCGAAAACUUUAAUCGUAAAGUCUUAAGGCAAAUUAAAAGGAAUUUGCGACAGGGAACAGUCAGUCGCUCUGACGGCUGACAUUUUGGUGGCUCCAGAGAGGAGCGUAUCGCAAAUUCUUUUAACUUGCUUAAGCUUUAUCAAAAGACUCUGGAAUAGUUGCUUUAAACUAUUUUGGAGAAUAUUUGUUGAAAAAAAAAAUAUUAUCAUUGCCAUUAGCAGUAGAUAAUUUGAGUUUCGGGAACUUUCUAAAUAGAUUAACAUAGCAAUUCUCUGUACUAAAAUGGAGUUUGUGGCUAAUCCAAAUGGUCAUUGUCGCCUUUGCACGAAGAAAGAUCGUGCAAUGGUCGAAAUGAUAACUUGCGAUGAGUGCGAUAGGUGGUUCCAUUUAUCUUGUGUGAAUCUUGAUAAACGGCCACCAAGAUCAGAGGACUGGUACUGUAUGAAAUGCCAGCAGCGUAAAAAAGAAUACGCUGCAAUGACGAAGGACUUGGAAGUGACAAAUAUGGCACUCCAAGCAAAAAAUGGCAGCAGCAGGGCAAUUAUUGAGCUGAUGAGAAUACACGAGAGGACCAUGUUAUCCCUCGUGACUUCCAUUCAGAAUACGAACAUGAAAGAAGACGCAAUGUCAGUAAAUUCAGGAAACUCGAUUGAAUGGAAAAGUUAUUAUGAAACCUUGCCUAAGAUUAUCGGUAAUGCCAGAGGAAUGGAGCAGCAACCAAAGCUGCACCGAUAUGAUAUGCUGCAGCCAAGUACGACUGGUGGAACAACUGGAAUUACAAUAACCACUGGCUCAGAGGAGAACACAAGCGAUUCUGAAGAGUUAGAAUAUGAUAGUAAUGAAAAUGAUUUUGCCGGAUUCGAUGAGGACUCCGCUGGUAGCGAGAACGGAAUGUUAAGUUCUCCAAGAUCCUCAAGUACGAUUUCCGAUUUCACAAAUUCUGAAAAAGUCCAAGAACUGGAAGCAAAUCUUUGGUCGUCUACGGAAGCAUUUGGGGAAAAUGUGGUUGCCUCGGUGAGAAGUGCCACAUUAGGAUCUACCGACGAACAGAACAAAAUGGAAUCUGUUGUUGGUAUGGCACCAGCACCUGGGAAUGCAUUUGACAAUAGCGCUAAAGUUUUAGCUAUGUCUACCAUGGUGACUAAGCGAAAAGUCACCGCUCCUGUCAAUGCUCUCGAUGAAGCCUUCAGUGUACCCUUUGCAUAUGAAUGGAAAAGGGAAUUGGUUUAUUAUGCAAAUUUGGAUGGCAAUAGUAAAGAUACAAAUAAUUAUAUCAUCAUGCCACUACACGGGGGGUUAACGUCGGAUAAUUUUACGUUUAAGAAAGAUUCCGUGGGUGGAUCAUCAGAUGAAGAAAUUAUACGAAGUGCCAGAUCAUAUGGAUUAACGCCUCGACGACCUAUACCAGAACCACUUUCUGGAUACAAUUUGGGUAAACGAAUCCCAAAGACUAAAAUGCUCAAAGAAACAAGUACACCGCCAUGUGUGUCGUUGGUAUGUGCAUCAGUAAGUCCAUCAGGUAUAACUCCUUCAUUGCGCUCGAAUUCGCAAACCCCUCCUGAAUCAAGAGGAAUAAGAACUGGUUCCCAAGUUACCUUUGUGUGUCGAAUGAGGAACCAGGUAGCGAACCACCUUCGACUGUGGAAAAAUGUUCGAUUGAAGAAUUCGCUCGUUAAUGAUUGGACUGAAUUGGAAAAUAUUUUCCAAAAAAAAAAACGGCACAAAGUAUCAGGGAGAUUGGAUUGGAGAAAAGUAUGCAGAGACUAA